AUGGACGACUCCGGAGAGGACUACGGAAACUACAGCUAUGACUACUACCUGGAGUAUGGUGACGUAGAAGAACUUAAAAUAGAUCACAGGCAGAAAGAAGCAAUGCACAUCAUCUCGGUGGUCAUUUACAUAAUAUCCUUUAUACUCGGUCUGAUUGGAAAUGGAACUGUCAUUUGGGUGACAGGCUGCAAGAGCAAAAGGACUGUCAACAGCAUAUGGUUGCUCAAUCUGGCCUUGGCCGACUUCAUCUUUGUGCUCUUCCUCCCCUUCUACAUUGACUACAUCCUACGUGAUUUUCACUGGGAUUUUGGCGUCGCCAUAUGCAAGAUUAAUUCCUUUGUGUUGGUCAUGAACAUGUACGCGAGCGUUCUGUUCCUUACAGUGCUCAGUGUGGACAGAUACGUCUCACUGGUACAUCACAACUGGUCUCAGAGGUACCGAACGGUCGCUCGAGCCUGGUUUACGAGCGCUUGCAUUUGGGUCACGGCCGCCAUCAUGAGCUGUCCAGCGCUUAUCUUUCGGGACACGGUGCGCUUAAAUGACAAAGUAGUGUGCUUCAACAACUUCCAUGCACAGGAUGGACAGUCAGCAGCCAUGAGACACAUUCUAAUAGUCUCCAUUCGUACUACGGUGGGCUUCUUUCUGCCUUUCACUGCUAUAUGUGUGACCGGCAUCCUUCUGACAGUGAGGGUGAACCAAUCCCAUGGCUCCGUUCGCCUGUCCAGCUUCACCAAAACAGUCUCCGCCAUGAUCCUGGCCUUCUUUUUAUGCUGGGCCCCUUUCCACAUCUUUAGUCUAAUGGAGCUAUCCAUACAUUCCUCGCUCUAUCUACAUAACGUACUCAAAAAGGGAUUUCCUUUGGCCACCAGCUUAGGAUUUUUCCAUAGCUGCAUUAACCCAGUGCUCUAUGUGCUUAUGGGUAAAAAAGUGCGUCACAUCCUGAAGCGCGCAUGCCUGGACAUAACUAAAAGCUCACUAAGAGAACUCAGCCAGUCUGUGUCAGCUACUGACGUGGAAUCUUUGCCAGGAAUCCCUCAAGACACCACACCGGAGGAGCCUGUGGCCUCAUCAACUCUCUGA